CCGCCCCCCGCCGACCCGCUGCGCCAGGCCAGCCGGCUGCCCAUCCGCGUGCUGAAGAUGCUCAGCGCCCACAGCGGCCACCUCCUGCACCCCGAGUACCUCCAGCCGCUCUCCUCCACGCCCGUGAGCCCCAUCGAGCUGGACGCCAAGAAGAGCCCGCUGGCGCUGCUGGCGCAGACCUGCUCACAGAUCGGCAAGCCGGACCCGCCGCCCUCCUCCAAGCUCAACGCCGUGGCCGCCGCCACCGCCGCCGCCACCGCGCUGCCCGCCGCCGACAAGGACCCCGCCGCCCGUCCCGCCGCCGCCAGCAGCGCCAAGCCGCCGGGCGACGCGGCGCCCGAGGACAAGUCAAGCUUCAAGCCGUACUCCAAGGGCGGCGGCGAGGCGCGCAAGGAGGGCGCCGCGGACAAGGCCGGCUUUCGGGUGCCCGCCGCCGCCUGCCAGCCGUUCCCCCCGCACGCCGCCGCCGCCGCCUCGCCGGGCGCCUCGCCACAGCACGCCGAGCCCAAGGGCACCGACGACAAGAAGGAGGCCGAGGCGGGCAAGGGCGGCGCGGAGGGGCCGGCCGGCGAGCCGCCGGCGUCGGGCCGCAAGUCGGAGCCGCCCAGCCUGCCGCAGCCCGGCGGCCACGUGGCGCCCGUGUCGCCCUACAAGCCGGGCCACUCCGUCUUCCCGCUGCCGCCUUCCAGCAUCGGCUACCACGGCUCCAUCGUGGGCGCCUACACUGGCUACCCGUCGCAGUUCGUGCCCGCGCUGGAGCCCGGCAAGCCGCCGCUCAUGGGCGGCCAGCUGCCCGGCCCGCUGGGGCUGCCGGGCAAGGCGGCGAGCUCGAGCCCGCUGACGGGCGCCUCGCCGCCCUCCUUCAUGCAGGGACUCUGCCGGGACCCCUAUUGCCUGAGCUACCACGGCGCCGCCUCGGCGCUCGGCUCGGGCGGCUGCUCCAGCUGCGCGCACGACAGCGGCGGCCUCAAGAGCGGCUACCCGCUCGUGUACCCCGCGGCGCCGCUGCACUCCGUGCACACCACGCUCUCCUCGAGCGCCUCGGCCAGCCUGCCCGGCCACCCGCUCUACACGUACGGCUUCAUGCUGCAGAACGAGCCCCUGCCGCACAUAUGCAACUGGGUGGCGGCGAGCGGACCGUGCGACAAGCGCUUCGCCACCUCCGACGAGCUGCUCGCCCACCUACGGACCCACACGGCCCUGCCGGGCGCCGAGAAACUCUUGGCGGGUUACGCGGCGGCGGCGGCGCCGUCGGCACUCGCCGCCGGAGCCUCGUGCCACCUGCACUUGCCGCCCGCCGGCCCCGGCAGCCCCACCACGCUCGCCGGGUCGCUCUCCUUGCGGAGCCCACACACUUUGGGACUCAACCGGUACCAUCCAUACGGCAAGAGCCACUUGCCGGCGCCCGGCGCGCUGCCCGUGCCCUCCUUGCCCGCUGCCGGACCUUACUACUCGCCGUACGCACUCUACGGCCAAAGACUCACGUCAGCCUCCGCACUCGGAUACCAGUAGCCGCAGCCUCUUCCGCAGCCACCGCCAGCCCGGGGGGCUCUGUAUUUAUUUACUGUAUGUUUAGCUUAACGCUGGGAAUAUAAGUGCAUUAACACCCCCA